CUCGCAUACCGCACACCAUGAGCACAGACUCCCCCGCCGCCUCCGAAAUCCAGAUCAAUGUCAAGGGUCCCAGCGAGCUCAAGCUCCAGAUAGCCAUAUCGACAGACAAGACGGUGGCUGAUCUCAAGCAGGCCAUCGCUGACAAGUCGGAUGUCUCUGCAGACCGUCAAAGGCUCAUCUACUCAGGACGAGUAUUGAAGGAUGAGGAUGCGCUUUCCACGUAUAAGAUCCAGUCAUCACAUACCAUUCACAUGGUGAAGGGUGCCGCGCGCAAUGGCGCGACAUCUUCACAAGGACCUCCGCCGCAGGCAUUGCCCCAGAUGCAGGCUGGCCAGAAUGUACACGACCCCUUGACCCAGCUGAACGGACACAUGGGCUAUGGCUUGAUGGCAGGUCUCAACCCCUUUGCGGAGAUGGGGUUGAAUCCGAACGAUCCCAACAUGAUGCAAGGCAUGAUGAGCAACCCGCAAUUCCUGCAACAAAUGUCCAGCGUCAUGUCCAACCCCGCAGUCCUCGACCAGAUCAUCGCCUCCAACCCCCAGCUCGCCAGCAUGGCCCCCCAAGUCCGGCAGGUCUUCCAGAGCGAGCAGUUCCGCCAAAUGAUCUCGAACCCCGAAAGCCUCCGCAUGAUGCUCCAGAUGUCCUCCAUGAUGCGUGGCGGAGGCCUCGGCGGCGCUCCCGGUGGCCCAGGUGCCUUCCCCGCACCGGGCCUACCCUCCACCGCGCGCCAGCAGGGCCAAGACACCCAACAGCAGCCCCCCUCCACCGGUGCCAGCACAGGCGCCCCCGACCCCGCAGCAGGCCUUGCAGGGCUCUUCCCCUUCCUGCCGCCUGCCCCAGCCGCGGGGGGGAGCAACCCGACCUCGCCCGGCGGCACCGCACAGGGUGCGGCGGGCGGAGCGGCUCCUGGUGCAGGCAUGUUCGAUCCUGCGCUGAUGCAGCAAAUGCUCUCGGCAAUGGGCGGUGGGGCGGGCGCGGGUGGGCUGGGAGGCCUUGGAGGCGCAGGUGGACUUGGAGGCGCAGGUGGACUGGAGGGCGCGGGCGGGGCGGAUCCGUUCGGGCUCGGCGCCUUUGGCGGGCUCGGCGGGUUCGGCGGCGCACCGGCUGCCCCUACUGACACCCGACCGCCUGAGGAGCGGUUCCAAGUCCAGCUACAGCAACUGCAGGACAUGGGCUUCACGAACGCGCAGCAGAAUGUGCGCGCACUCCUUGCAACGGGUGGUAACGUCCAUUCGGCGAUCGAGUAUAUACUCGGCGGAGGCGGCUUGUGAGCGUGCCCGGCGCGCGGGAUUUGUGGACGGGCUUGAACUCUUCGUAGUGUUGUAUGGGCUGUAUGUCGCGCUGACGAGCUUGUAGGAUGUUGAUAGAGAAGACAGGAAUUAAUUGUAGCGCAAUCUAACUCGUGCAGUUAUGCGGGAUGAGCGGGACGACAACGUCCCGGGGCAUCUGGUUCAUCAUGUAUCAUUGUCAGAUCUUUGCUCAGAGCUCGUUCGUAUUCACACAGUACACAAGUGAGCUACCGUAUCGAAUUAUGAAAGACGUACUAGACAUGGUGCGCGACCGGUUGAGUGACUGGAAGUGUCAUCCUGUGCGUGUGAGG